AUCAAGAAUUUGAAGAUGCGCUGUAUUAUUGGAAUAUUUGUCUUGUACUCUUUGAAUUUGGUUGCAGCUGAGAAAAGUAGUCCAAAUUCCUUUGUGAACAAUCUCAAGAUUUAUAAAAAUGCAUGUCGUGAAAUGGGAUGGGAACCAAAAUGUGAAAAGAAAUACGUACCUGGCAAAGGCAUUCCCGUAGCUUUCCAUGCCAAACUUACAAAAGCAAUCAACAGGAUCCGAGGAAACGAAAUUAUCAAGUACGACGAUGUGAUUGCUAAUGUUGGAAACGGAUACAGCCCUAGUACUGGUAUAUUUACAGCACCCAUUGAAACAUAUAUAUUCUUUCAGUUGGACAUGACGAAGAAUGGGGCUAUUGCUUAUAUAAGCGGAAUAGUAGAUGGCAAACUUUUAGUUUAUUCGGCCAUCCAUGGUCAAUCAGCAGAAUAUCAAUCCUCAACGGCGCAUCUGGUGGUUCCAUUGAAGAAGGGAAACAAGUUUUGGACAGCUAGUACCAGCGGCCAUACUCCGUACAUACACCUAAACAAUACACACAUCAGUGGCUUUAAAGUCUCUGAUGCCUGAGCUACAUGCAAUUUGUGUGCAACAAAACAAU